CGUAAACACAGUUAUCACUUGGCACGUGGUUUCUGAUUGUCUUAAAGGAGUAGAGACUAUUGUAGACUAUACUUUUUUUUAUAAAAACAACUAUAUUUCUCAUUACAAAAUUUGGCGUUUCAUAAAAUAAUGGACGACGAAAAAAUAAUCGGCUUUAGCGACACACCGGAAGACGUGUCAAAGUUCGAUCUGAAACAGCCGCAUGGCAAAAGGUCUGGUGGCUUUCAAGCAAUGGGCUUGAGUUUUCCCGUAUUAAAAGGUAUACUGAAAAGGGGCUACAAAGUGCCUACGCCUAUCCAAAGAAAAACCAUUCCCAUUGCUUUGGAAAACCGCGAUGUUGUUGCUAUGGCUCGAACUGGUAGUGGUAAAACUGCUUGUUUUUUAAUACCAAUGUUUGAAAAACUGACACAACACACCGUGAACGGUCAUAGAGGUAUUCGCGCAUUGAUUUUAUCUCCUACACGUGAACUUGCCGUUCAGACUUUAAAAUUUGUAAAAGAACUUGGUAAAUUUACAAAUUUAAAAUCUGCCGUAAUAUUGGGAGGGGAUCCGAUGGAAGCCCAAUUCAGCAUUAUGCACAGUGCGCCCGACAUUGUAGUGGCUACACCGGGUCGAUUUUUACAUUUGUGUGUAGAAAUGACGUUAAAACUACCUUACAUUCAAUAUGUUGUUUUUGAUGAAGCAGAUAGGUUGUUUGAAAUGGGUUUUGGAGAACAGUUGACCGAAAUUAUUGCACGUUUACCAGAGAACAGACAAACAUUAUUGUUUUCAGCUACUCUGCCUAAAGUAUUAGUACAAUUCGCUCGAGCAGGACUCGCUGAUCCAGUUCUUAUAAGAUUGGAUGUUGAGUCUAAAAUACCGGAUACUCUUCACCUAGGAUUUAUUAGCGUGCGGCCUGAGGAACGCGACGGUGCUCUGUUAUGUCUUUUGAAGUAUGACGUUAAACCGGACGCCAUGACAAUAAUUUUUGCUCCGACAAAACACCACGUCGAUUUUAUUCAUUUGCUUCUGGAUCACCACGAUAUAUCCAACACAUUUAUUUAUUCAGACUUAGAUCCGACGGCUAGGAAAAUCAAUGCUGAUAAAUUUCAAACGGGCAGUGUUCGUACACUAAUAGUUACCGAUAUAGCCGCUAGGGGUAUAGACAUACCUCAGCUCGAUGUUGUAAUCAACUAUACUUUCCCGGCCAAAUCCAAACUGUUUGUACAUCGAGUCGGAAGAUGUGCUCGAGCUGGCAAGUCCGGCAAGGCGUACAGUUUGGUGACACGUGACGAGUUGUGCUACUUACUGGAUCUUCAUCUGUUCUUGGGUCGCCCAUUUAGACCAGUUUUAGAAACACCAAGGGAUGAAGACGAUUGCGACGGUCUCUUCGGUAUUGUUCCUCAAGUGUUGCUCGAAGAAGAAUUGGGACAAUUGACAAGCUGGUACACAUCGUCGAUUGAUGUGAUCAACUCUCAGAAGACAUGCGUGAACGGUUAUAAAAAUUAUAUCAAGUCGAGACCCGGAGCAUCAGCCGAUAGUGUUCGUAGAGCUAAAAAAAUAGAUCUAACAGCACUCUCCGAUCAUCCAAUGUUUAAGGAUGUUAUAGCGGCCGACAUGGGUCGUGUAAACAUUGUAAAUUGCAUUAAGAACUUUAGACCGGAUACUACUGUUUUUGAAAUGGGCCAGUCGACCAAUUCGAUUCAAGCGCUCCAAAUGAAAUUGCUGAGGGAACGUAAUUUGCCGAGCGUUGUCAACUACCAUAGGAAAAAGCGCGAACAACUCAAGGACCCCGAAGGCGUACACUUGACUAAAGUCAAUUUACCGUCGAGCAACCAAUCUGAAAUCAUAGAAACAUUUAACGACAUUAUUACACAACGACCACGCGUUACGGGUCAAAAAAAGAAAACUAAAAAAAAACCUCCAAUUAAGUCCGAACACUUUAUACCUUACAAGCCAGCCGAUGCGUACACAGAGGAAGGUUUGGCUGUUCACGAACUGAAAUCCAGUGAAGGAAUAUUGGAUUUGAUGGGCGAUUCCGAACAAUCGUUGGCUAAACAGCGAACCAACAAACGUAAAUGGGAUCCUGUUGCCCAUAAGUAUGUGAGCGCUCAGAGCCUCGAGAAAAAACAAGUGAAAAAGAUCAAAUCGGAAUCGGGCCAAUGGAUACCGAUUACGUACAAGAGCGAUAGAUACGAGAAGUGGCAAGAAAAAUCCAAGUUGAAAAAUUCUGCUAUAACAGGAGACGACAACGAUGAGGACGAAUCGAAAAAAAUAGCACCGCUAUUCCGAUUUAGGUUAGACACUCGAUGGGGACGUCACAAUGCGAAAUUACGAGAGAAAGAAUCUGAACAUAGAUUGAAAUUGGACACCAAGCAUAUUCUAAAACAGAGAAUAAUCAAGGAACACCGAAGACAAAAGAAUGGAAGAAAACCGGCGAAAAAAGAUAAAAUUAAGAAAAAGAGCGCUAAAUUUAAUAAAGUUUAAGUUUAUUUUCCAAACUACAUGUUGUGUUAUUACGAAAAUUUGUUUAGGUAAAUGAAAUAUAUAUUUUAAGACUUUUAAA